AUGAAGAAGUCAAUAGCAUGCGGUGCAUGUCGCUCAUCCAAGCGCAAAUGUAUCCACUCAGGCGGCCCGCCCUGCACGCGUUGUCGCGACCGAGGUGAUGAGUGUAUCUUUCCUCCCAAGGGUACAUCCUUCAUCUUCAGGCGCAGUCGCUUAGAGCGUAUCUCAGCUGAUUGUAGAGAAAAUGACGGCCUCCGUGCGGACCCAACGGCUACGGCAGCCGCGAACCUGGCCACGACUGAUCCGUUUGGGUUCUUGACCGAUGAGGUGAAAAAUAGCUAUCUGAGAUGCUCAUAUAAGUGGUCGUUUCAUCACAUUCCUAAUCUUCUUAUUGCCAUUAGGGAAAGGAGGCUAGACCCAUUACUUAUCUGGGCUAUGCUGGCGAUUACAGUCAGAUUCUCGCAAGCAGCACCAUCAGGAUACGCAACCCAGGUCGAGGCAAGCAAUACGUUUGCUGCACAUGCCAGAACCCAGGUACUAUCUCUAGUUGACCAACCCACAGUCCAUCGCGCCCAGGUUCUGCUCAUGUUGACAGGCCAUUCCUGGGGUGCUGGCGAAGGUAGACGCGCUUGGGUUUAUCUCGGAAUGGCCGUCCGUAUGGCUCAAGUCCUUGGCCUUUUCGAAGAACUACCUCCCUCGACAACUCGCGACGAGUUCAUUGAAGCUGAAGAGAGACGGCGCACAGCUUGGACAUGUUUUCUCAUGGACAGCCUCCUAAGUGGAGGCAAAGGACGCGACAGGAUGCUCUCAGCUGACAACAUGCGUAUACAGCUUCCUUGCGACUCUGAGAGUUUCAACUUCGGCUCAGUAGUCGUCUGUGAGAGGCUAGAUGGAUCGAUAGCGGAUGGAGUAGGAACAGCAAUUGGUAUCCGUGCUCAAGGCAACCUGGGCAUCGUGGCUUACAGCAUGCGCGUGGCCGAUGUCUGGGGAGCUGUGGCCAAAUGGGCUUGUACACGGCACGACAACAACGUUCCUCCAUGGCAACCUCAGUCUGAUUUUCAGAUGCUUCUCGGCCGUCUUGAAAUAUGGAAAAGCUCAUUACCAGAUCGUCUCCGUUACGAGCUUUUUCUCCUGAGAGCACACAGCGUCUCCAACCAGGGCCAAGCCUACUGCUACAUGCACUGCAUCUACUUUAUGAGCGUGAUCUUCCUCUAUCGAUCUUAUCUGCCAGAGGUCGAGAUGCAAAAAGCCAGGAUAGGUGAUAAGGACUGGGAUCAAUGGUCAACAUGGUCUAGCAAAGAGCUUGUCCAAGUUGCCAAGCAAGUGUGCGACAUGCUGCAAGAAAUACGUGCUUUUGGUUUGUAUUUCCUUCGCGGGCUUGUUCCAUGGAUCGGCUUCACUAUCUACACAGCUGUUGGAACGAUGCUCUACUUUUACCACUUUCCUAAUCCCGGAGAUACCGCUAUUGACAUCGACAAGCGACGGGAACAUAUUGUGGAUGGUCUGCUGUUUCUCAAGGAUAUGCGACAAGCGUGGCCAAUGGCUGAUACCUGGCGUGAGAAAAUCAAGGCGAUGCAAAUAUUUUACAGCAAUAUCAAGGCCGAAGGCGACUUGGCAGUGACGCCGAGUGAGAGAAGAGAAAUGCGCAAUGCCAUUAUCGAUUAUGGCGCUCUCCAGCCUGAUCCCGUACGGCAGCCUGACAUCGAGAGCACCGACGAACAAAGCGCAACAGACGGUGAAAACGACCAAGCCACAACUAACACAAGCGUAGAGUUCAUCAACGACCCUAUGAAUUUCAUUGCACCGGCUGAUAUUGACUUGUUUGACACGGAUUUUGCAUUCGGCAGUAAUAUGUAUGCCACGUUUGCCGAUGCUACACAGGGUUUCUGGGAGAGUUUCCCGGGAAGCAUGGAUAUCCAAGGCGAUAUGAAUAUGAAUCUGGAUCAUUAG